AUCUUCUAACCUUUCAUAAAUACUUCCUACAUAAUUUUGAUCCUAAACACUCUUUACACGUACUUGUAUUAUAUUUUUCUUUGUUAAAUAUAAUGAACUACAUAUGUCUGAUGUUUUAAUUCUUUAUUCUUUCUAUUCAGAGUCUCCAAAAUGGAAUUGUCGCUAAAUUGUUUUGUUCUAGGCGACAAUGAUACUUUUACGGCUGUCGUUCCAAAAAAAUAUAUCAGCGACAGUAAUUUGACUGAAAUCGUAUAUAGCGCUUUAACCGUUUCAAACUUUACAAAGAUAAUUGAAAACCAAGUUGAACAUGCAGUUCCUAACCCCAAAGAUCCAAACAGUAUGACACUUUGGAAAGUUGAUAUCGACGAUGGAAGUCUUAAAGAUAUUUCUACCGUAAAAGACAUUGAAGACAAUUUUAACGGCAAGAAGAUGAAACGUGCAUACCUGCUUAGCGACUAUUUUCCUAAGGAUACUGUACCUACAUUGAGGAAUAUUCAUAUUAUCAUAGUCCCCGCCACUAAUACUUCAAACAAAAGGAUAAAGCUCGAAGAUAUUGGAAUAGGACAUAUACAUGAUAAGACAACCGAAUAUUUACAAGAACUCUUGAGUCCUUUUAAUGAACCAGUCUAUUGUGAUAAUGUCGAUUUAUACUUUAAGGCACCGCUACAAAGGAAAUUGGUAGCCUCCCACUAUCUAUGUAAGGAGUAUCCUGCCUAUUUUGAUCAAGAAGAUUUAGAGUUUCUUCCUGACGUAACGCUUGCUGUUGGGGAUGCUAUGGAACUCUAUACGGGUAAGGAUAACCAGGAGAUGGAAACCAGUUAUAUGGUCGACAAUGUCAUUCGGAAAAUGGUUAAACUUGCUAUUAGAUAUAUUGGUAAAUCUGGAUUUGAAUGGGCUCGCAACAAUAAAAUGAAUGAGUACACUACAACAACAACACACAAGAGAAAUGUCCGACCAGAUGUAUUAGUUUAUUGUGAUGAAGUACUUGUAAUAUUGGGCGAGGUGAAAGCUGAUCAUUCAACACUUGCAACUGCAGCGGAAGAUUUAGAUUAUUACUUUAAUAAUUGGAACACGCUUGCCUUUGGUGACUUACCACUUGUUUUUGCCUUUGCAGCAGUUGGUUCAUAUAUACAAUUUUAUUAUUUUCACAAAGUUGAAUCAUCAACAACACCAAAACGUGAGAAAAUUGGAGAUGUUUUGUUGCUUGGAACUGAAGUUAAGAGUAAUAACUAUCUUGCAAUUAAAUCUGUAAUUAAUGUUAUUCGGAUUAUCAGGACUUUUAAGCACUUUGGUUUAUUAGAAACUCCUCGUCUUAAGUUAUUUAAAACAAUUUACCGAAAAAAUGGCACCGCCAUUACGAUAAAGAGCGAAGAGAUUAGAAAAUCAAUAAAUGUGGCGAACAUUAUGGAUCUAAAAUUUCACAUGGAUCUUUACACAAGAAUUCUUAAAGAACAUUAUGAGAACAUUACAUAUAAGGAGUCUAGAGGAAGGAUAAACAUAACUUAUGGACCAGUUGGAUAUUUAUGUACACCUAAAAAUGAAGAUGAACUGCGAUAUGCAAUAUGUGAUAUACUUGAAAUUGUAAGUAAACUUCAUAGGGAGGAGGUUGUCCAUCGAGACAUUCGUUGGGAUAAUGUUGUAAAGCUCACAAAUGGUAAAUGGUUGUUAAUUGAUUUUGAGGAAGCUGCCAGAAUUGGAGAUGAAAGAGAUACAUUGAUAAUUUCGGCUCCAGAAUAUGAAAAUGGGACUGAUACAUGUCAAGCAUCGGGUGAUAUCUGGAUGAUUGGGAAACUUAUGAAUGAAGUUAAAUUUACACUUUCUGAAAAGGCUAAAAAUUUUCGUGAUAAAUUGAUGAUUAAAGAUUUUAAUUUACGAUUAACUGCAACUGAUGCUUUAAAAGAUGAUUGGAUUGAAGAAAUGGGAUGUGGAUGAUUUAAUGGAAUAGAAGUAAAAAAUUUUCCCUUUCACUCUAUUUCUGAUUUAUUGUUUGUCUUUUUCGCAAUAGCUAAAUUUACAUAAUAUAUUUCUGAUUUUUAAAUGCUUUAUUGUUUUUUUAUGCAAGAUGUAAGAUUUGUCUUUAUAAAAUGGGGAAUAAAUGACCAUAUUAUUGUAAUUGUUUAGAUAUCGACCUCACAUUAAGAAAUAAAACAAAGUUUUUGCUACGAAACA